GCGACGCAAAGCAAAACAAACAGGACGAAGACCUCAGGCGGGUUGAUUUCCGAUGCUGUAGCGAACAUGUUGCCCACCAAAGAGACGUUCAGAGCGGCAGAGAUAGCGAGAAGCGGUGGGCAAGAGUAUAAGGUUGACUGUAAAGCAUUUGGGGAGACUGUGGCCCGGAGCCCAGGCCAGCUCCUAACUCCAUGUUACCGAAGAGUAUGGAAACGUGAGGAACCCAGGUUCUUCAUAUCUACCCAAAGAAAGGAACCAAUAUUUUCCCUAAGAGGCGACUGUGUGAGGUUGAGUCUAAAUCUGGGGAAAAAGUCAUUAUUAAAGCCAAGCAUUCUGGUAUUGUUACCCAAGUACUCAUCAAAGUUGACGAUACAAUUGAAGAUGGGUGUGACAUACUGGAACUUGAAGCCUGUACUCACACAGCCCUUAUGGGAAAUAUUUGUUGUGAUUGUGGUGUUUGCCUGGAUGAAAAAGACAUCCCAAAGACAGAAGCAGUCAGCAUGCUUCACUCUGUACCUGAUCUUAAAGUAGCUAGAAAUGAGGCCCGAAAACUUGGACAAGAAGACAUUAAUAACCUGUUGAAGCAGCGGAAGCUGGUGUUACUGGUGGAUCUGGAUCAGACAUUGAUCCACACUACAAACGAUAAUAUUCCUGCAGAUUUGAAGGAUGUUUGUCACUUCCAAAUCAACUACGGUGGCCCUUGGUAUCAUGCUAGACUGCGGCCACAUACAAAAACAUUUCUAGAGAAGAUAUCAAAGUAUUAUGAGCUUCACAUUAGUACAUUUGGUGUGCGGGAAUAUGCUCAUCACAUAGCUCACUUCUUGGAUCCAGAUCGGAAGUUAUUUGGCCAGCGGAUCCUUUCCAGAAAUGAAUGCCUUGAUAUGAUGUCCAAAAAGGCUAAUCUUGACUCUCUCUUUCCAUGUGGGGAUAACCUUGUUUGUAUCAUCGAUGACCGCACAGAUGUGUGGAAUUACUCUCCUAACGUUGUCCAGGUGGUUCCCUAUCAUUUCUUCCGACACACUGGUGAUAUAAAUGCACCACAAGGAUUACAGAAGAAAGAAAAUGAUGACCGUGAAGGAAUAGACUUUAUCAAAUUGAAAAAUGAAAAUAUUAAAACUGUUGAAUUUCCAACUGAAGAUGAUGCUCAGGCUUUGGAAGGUGUUGACGAAGACAAAAACUACAGUUCAGAUUCCGACAGCGAUAAGGAUUCCAAAGAAAUGUUAACUGAAGCUUCAGAUAAUAAUAGUGUAAACUCCAAUCAAGAUAAAAUUGAUGCAGUUAUUAAUCAUGAUAUAAAAGAGACUAAUGGAAAUGAUGAAAAAGUUAAUAAAUUGUCGGACAACAACUGUACUAAAGAGGAAAACAGUUCAGAAAGUACUUUGUUACCCGAUUCCCUGGCAGAGAGUAAUUUAAGUGACGAUAGAGUUGGAGAUGAUGCUAAUACGAAGACAGACCAUAUUGAUCCAAAGCCAAAUAGUGAAAUGGAGAAUACUGAUAAUGAAGAGGUGAAAUCAAAAGAGGUUGAUAAAAGAAAUAAGAAAAUUACUGAAAAAGAUGCAGUUACUAAGAAAGAGUUGAGCAGAAAAGAAGCUGAAGUGGAAGGCAGUAAGCGAACAUACGGGAAAAAUUCCAGUCGGUCAAAGAGAAGUGAUGAUAACGUAUUUGAUGUUUCAGACAGUGAUGACUAUUUGUUGUACUUGGAAGAUAUCUUAAUAAAAAUUCACAAAAGAUUUUUCAUGGAAUAUGAUGCAUCUCAAGAACAGUGUAAUUCCAAUGAAGAUAAUCCUCUACCUGACUUGAAAGUAAUUGUUCCUUCAGUUCGCAGAGAAGUUUUGAAAGGUGUGAAUAUUGUAUUCUCGGGAGUUGUUCCACAGCAAACAAAGUUGCAAGAAUCCAAAGCUUAUUUUAUUGCCACAAGCUUCGGAGCAAAUGUAACUGAAAAAAUAAUUCUGAAAGAUAAAAGUGAUACUGAAGAUGAAAAGAAUAUGUAUACAACUCACAUGGUUGCGGCAAACCGGCGCACAGAGAAAGUAACUUCUGCUCGAAAGCAUAAAUCUUUACUAAAGAUUGUGACUCCAAACUGGUUGUGGAAAUGUGCUGAGAGGUGGGAACUAGUUGAAGAGAAACUAUUUCCUCUGAGCAAGGAGACAGAGAAGGAAAUCCAUCGUCUUCCACCGCACCACUGCUUCUUUCCUGAUCCUUCCUGGCUAAAGCAUAACUCUCUUACAGAGCAGACAAACCCAGGCCCAAGCGGCAGAACCAGAACAGCCAGUGGAACACUUUUGCAAGAUGUAAAUCCUCUGAUGUUCUUUAGCCCUGAUGAGAAGAAUAACAUGGCUGAUGAGGUGGAGCAAAUUCUCAGUGAUGAAGAUGAUGAUGACUCAGAUGAAGAUGCAGGAGACAUCUCGGGUGAUGAAUCAUCAUCCUCUGAUGAAGAUGAAGAUGAGGGACAUGAGGCAGGUCCGAACAGAAAAAAGCGUAAAGGAGUUGACAAAGACAAUAAUAUAAAUGCAGAUGAAGAAGAGGAUAUGGACAAUGAUGAUGAUGAUGAGCUACCUAGUGUUGUAUUCAGACAAGGUGGAGGUCUGCCGAGUGAUGACAGUGAGGAUGGCGAGAGCGAUGGUGAGGGUGACCUUAGCCAGAUGGGUGCUGACCUUGAGAGUCUGCUCGGUUAGGUAGAAACAGUACAAAUUGAAGAUAAUCCAAAAUGAUUUAAUACCAAUAGCUUUUGAGUUUUCAAAGCCAGUAAUCAACAAGAGACAAAUUCAGGGAUGUCAUUUAUAAAUUAGGUAAAUGGUGGUUGUCAUAAUUUGAUUUUGAAGAUAUCCUUUUAUAAUAAGAUUAUAUUGGCUGUAUCUUUUUGUCUAUAUUAAAUGACCAUCAUAGUGUUCCAGAAUUAUAAAAGGAUUUUGUGUAAUUUGUAGUUACAACAUGUCAGUGUUCACAAAUCAUUUUUUAUUAGCAAAGAUACAUUAUUUUUACAUGUAACAAAAAUGCUAUUGUAGGUCUUAAUUCAUUUAUGGAGGAAUUUUAUAACUUUUAAAAAAGGAUGUAUUUAAUUUUUCAUUUUACAAAAGAAAUAUGAAUAUUAUAAUAUAGCAAAAGAAGAAAAGAUUUUUAUAUGACUUGUUAUUUGUCCUUGAAGGAUAUGAAAGAAUAUUAAAAUG